AGUUGCGCCUCCGCGAUGGCGUGCGCCUUACCACAACGUGGAAUAUUUGAAUCCUUUGAAUUAUCUUCCCAUUACAGUCGCUAUGCCAAGAUGUGGUACAAGGGUGUGAGCUUCACCAGCGAGGCGUGCGCUCUCAUCUACCUGGUGGACACAGCCGGGACGCGCACCACAACCGACACUUUCACCGAUCUGACCAAGGACUACACCCUGGCAGUGUUCUAUGACGACUCGCGCCAUGGUCCCUCUUAUAUGGCUGAAGCCCAUGACGUUAUUGCUAAUUCAGCUUACACCUGUACCGAGGAUGGCACUGAGAUCUAUGACAUAAACGGAUUUCGCAUCACCCAGGCAGCCGAUGUCCUGGUGAAGGCCUCUCGUGUGGACAACCAGUGCUUGAUUCGCACCAGUCCCGGCAAUGGAUCGGCCACUUUGACCACACCUGGCAUCCAUUGCACUGCCUCUCUGGGCAAGACCUCGCAUCUGUUUGUUCGUCGCAAUGAGAAGCGCAUGCACUUCGAUGGAUCCUGUUUCAUUGUACGCAACGCCGGACACUCCGCCGGCUUCAAUGAGAACAACCUGCUCAUUGUCUACUGAGCGGCGUUCGUAGUCCGGAGAUAGAAACGGCGCAGUGGUAGCCCAUCCCACACGCACACACUCACACAU